AUGGCUCCCUCAAUCCUCGAAACCCUCGCCCUUCUUCUCUCGGCGUCCGCCGCCUUCCUCACCACUGGCGCCGGCGCCAACCCCCUCCCCAAUCCCAGCUCUAACUCAGGCGCAAAGGCCAAGAGCUGCGUCAAUGGUCCCCCCGCCACCGAUUCCUCGCCUGGCAGCCUGCCCAUCGCCGACUACUCGCUCGUCGCGCCCGCCGCCAACCUCAACUGGACUUCCUACACGGUCAAGAAGAGCUGGUGGGAUAAACACUUUCUGAGUGGACCGCAUAAAAGUGAGCUGACAAACAUGGAUCAAAUCCAAAAUAGUACAUGCCCUACACCCACCACACCGACCCCUACGGCGCAUUCAAGUGCCAGUACACUUGCAACGCGGCGGGUGAUAAAUGCAAGAGUUACUUUUUGUGGUACAGUACCGGACAUCAACAACGCAAACGAGCAUAUCAACUGCGUUUUGUUUGAUGAUAUCAUCGACCCGUCCAUCUUUGUCCUGGGCGGCAACAGCACUAUCGGUGCGGGUGGUUACGACAGACGGUGCCAGAGUUCUACGGCCUAG